CAGCCGACUUCACAGGCCAACAGAACAGAGCAGAAUGAAACCUCGGUCUAAAAUCUACGUGACAGCCGAUGUCCCCCAAUCUUGUUUGGAUGUUCUGUUAAAAGUGGCAGAUAUUUCCAUUUGGGAGAGUUCGGACCCGGUUCCUAGGGGAGAACUGUUGAACGGAGUGCGAGGCGUGGAAGCCCUGCUCUGUACAAGCUCUGACAUUAUUGACAAGGAUGUAAUCGAAUGUGCUGGACCAAAUUUGUGUGUAAUAGCCACAAUGAGUGAAGACGUCAACCACAUUGACGAAGCCGAGUGUCAGAAGCGGAAAAUAAAAGUAGUGACCUUCCCAAAGAUGUCCAAAGACACUGUCGCUAACCUUACCCUAGCUCUUCUCAGUCAGACCAUGGGGGGUCUGGACCAGCCCACCUAUUCCAAGUACGUCCUUGGUGACAAGACAGUCGGCAUCGUGGGAUACGGCCAUGUGGGCCAGGCUGUGGCCGAGCGCUUCCAUGGGCUGGGCGCCGGGAAACUGCUCUACAGUGACCUCACCCAUACGGAGAAUCCCGAGGCUGUAGCCGAGUUUGUGAAUUUCGAACGACUUGUUACUGAAUCAGACAUUAUUUGUAUAUGUUGUAAAGACAUGACCAAUUCGACACACAUGUUUCAAAAGGACGUUUUCAGGAAAAUGAAGAAAGAUGCUAUCUUGUUAGACAGUUACUCUAAGGGUCACAUAAUAAACUACCCUGAUCUUUACAACGCCUUGAGAGAGAAUCGGAUUUAUGCUGCCGGACUCGACGUACGGGACGUUAAUCAAACACACCCGUUCAAGACGAAUUUGAAUGCACUGUACAAUUGUUACUUUUUUCCAUAUAGGGAGUGUAAUCACGUUUGGGACUUGCGCAGUGCCGCUUCUGCAUCAGUUGCGCGCAGCAUCGCUGCGACAUUGCGGGUAGAUAAUAGUUCCGAGGUAUGUGAGAGAUGAUAAAGAGUGAUUUACCACGUGGUCUGUGAUUCAUAUUUAGACUGUAAACUAUAGAGAAUUAAACAUGGUACAAUGAUUGCUUCUAAUAUUCGUUAUAGAAUUAUUGUUGCAUCAUAUGUGAAAAAUAAGAAUGUUAUAUGACAGCAUAUUGCUGUAAUCUCAUGUAAAUAGUUGUACAUAUUUUAUUAGAUCUUUAGUUUUUUGUUAAUUGAGUUUGAUGUCAUCUUCAUAAUAAAUAAAUCGGAUGUUUU